UAAAGAACAUAAAUCGAGUGCCAUAAUAUUUUUCAUACAGAAUUACAAAAAAAUAAGAAUUGUUAUUAUUUUCACUCAAAUAUUUUACUUAGCAAAUAUUUAGGUGGAGGCGUGUGUCUCAGAUAAAUUAAAUUUCAAUGUCGUAUUAUUACAUUUACAUAGAUUUAACCUCAAAAAAUAGACAACAAACCCGCCAUUAAAUAAAAACAAUGUCGGAACAAAAUGAGAAUGGCAACUGUCCCAUUUGCAACAAAGAGGUGCCAAUAAGUGAAAUAGUGCAGCACGUUGACGUGUGUCUGUUUUUGAAUUCCGAGGGCGAUGACAAUCAAAAACGGAAAAGGCAACUGUCACCAAACAAACCCGUAACAAGGGCCAAAUUUAAUUCGACACAGAAGAGUCCUCGAGACGUUAAGAAAGAUGACAAGCCCAAGAAGAUUGCGUCAAUUUUUCAAAGGAAUGCACAAAGUGCAGACAAUGACUCAAAUAAUACUAAUCAGGUUAAAUCAAAACCUUUAGCAUCCAUAUUUCAAAGAAAUGUUCCAAGUACAAGUACACAAAGCUCUAAUGAAACACACAAUGAAUCUCAAACAGUAGAGUGUGAUCUUUCUUUUAAAAUACCACUAGCUAAACAACUACAACCAAAAAGUUUAGAGGAGUUUUUUGGUCAAAACCAUGUUUUGGGCAAAGACUCUGUACUCAGAUCAUUAAUAGAAAAAGGGGACAUACCUAAUAUGAUUUUGUGGGGCCCUCCAGGAUGUGGUAAAACAUCUUUGUCUAAUGUUAUUAAGGAAAUAUGCAAUAAAAACAACAAAAUCCUAAAGUUUAAGGCACUGAGUGCUACAGAUGAUGGAGUUAAAGCUGUGAGAACAGUGGUUACUGAAGCUAAAACAGACAUAAAAUUUGGGAAAAGAACUGUGCUAUUCAUGGAUGAAAUACACAGAUUUAAUAAGAAACAACAAGAUACAUUUUUAUUGAGUGUUGAAAAGGGGGAAAUUAUUUUAAUUGGAGCCACCACUGAAAAUCCAUCUUUCAGCAUUAACAAUGCAUUGUUGAGUAGGUGCAGAGUAAUUGUCAUGGAAAAAUUAAACUGUGAUGAUCUGUAUUCAAUCUUGGUGAAAGCUGCAGAAGCAUUAAAUGUUGGUGUCAUUGAUACUGAAAAUCCUUGUGGACUAAUAGGGGAUGAUUCUGGCAUGUCAAUAGAAGAAGAUGCUUUAAAAUGGUUGUCUGGAAUCAGUGAUGGUGAUGCUAGAAUAGCCCUAAACAACCUACAAGUUACAAUACAACACUGCAAUGAAAAGGGCAAAAUAAUUAAAGUAAAUGACAUCAAAGAUGGCAUUAAGAAGUCACACAUGCUUUAUGACAGAGCUGGGGAGGAACAUUACAACAUCAUUUCUGCAAUGCACAAAUCAAUUAGGGGAUCAGAUGCCAAUGCCGCCUUGUAUUGGACUACCAGGAUGAUUGUCAGUGGUGAAGAUCCUUUAUAUAUAGCCAGAAGACUUGUCAGAGCUGCUAGUGAAGAUAUAGGUAAUGCGGAUCCGAAUGCUCUUCAACUAGCUGUUGCAACGAUGCAGGGUUGUCAAUUGAUCGGUAUGCCGGAAGCGGAUGUUCUGCUGGCUCAGUGUGCUAUUUAUUUGGCAAGAGCACCAAAAUCGCGGGAGGCCGAUUCAGCGCUGGCCGCGGCUAAGGCGGUAAUCAAAAAUUUUCAAGGCCCUCAACCCAGUGUGCCAAUGCAUAUAAGGAACGCUCCCACAAAGUUGAUGAAAGAUUUAGGAUACGGAACAUUACAGAGAGGAGAAGAGUUUAUAUUUAUGCCGCCUGAAUUGAAGGACGUUGAUUUCUUUAAUUGAACGCGAGUAUUAGAUAUUAAUAAGAAUAAAUUGUUUAUUUGUUUUUGUGUUAUACCUAUUUUCAAAUAGAUGAAUAAUUUUUUAUAAUAAAAAAUAAUUUAUCAAAGAA